AUGGGCUGCUGUGCCUCUACCCCGUCGCAUGAUGACGACGACCAAGAAACCCACACUCAAGAUCGAGCUGAAGGCCACCAAACAACCCACGAUGCGAUUCCCGAGUCUACAACACAGACCCGCCACCGUCGCCCCCGACCCCAUAACCUCCCACUAGACCAACACUACAACGAACCCAUCCGUCCCCACAUAUGGAGCAGCAAGCGCCGCCUCUGGACCCGCACCGACCUCGACCGCGAACGCCGCGAGUUCUUCGAAACCCGUGUCACAGGCCGCGAAGAGAUCUGGGCUGCGCUCUCGAGCGCCAUAACACUCAUGCAAAGCGGUGACCCAGUCACAGCACAGGGGAUCAUCGAUGCAGCCGGCGUGACUGUGCCCACGGGUGAUCUCUGCGAAGGAUGCUACGACGAACAAGGCAUGUUGUACCGACUACCGCAGUGUAUCGUGAGUGAUCCGGAGAACAUUGCCGGUGCAGCGUCGGGCUCAGAUGGCUCUGUGCCAGAAGAGUCGGAUGGGAAAUUGGCAACGGAUGGUGCGUCCGGAGAUGAGUUGAUUGCGGAACUGGAUCUUGAGCGGCGACGUGAUGAGAAGGGGAAGACUAGUGAGCGGGAUUUGAUCCGUGUGCUAGCUCGGUUGAGCGAGCGGGAUGGACAGGAUCUUAUGAUGCGUGUGGGUAAGAGUCAGCGUGUCGGCUUUUUAGCGAGGAAGAUACAUCAGGAAGCAGGGCUUGCGAAUCACCAGCGGGUAAGGAUCGCUUACCUGGGCCGGAUGUUGAAGGAGCAUGAGUCCCUGGUUGAUCAGGGCUGGCAGAAUGGCCAUGUCAUUAAUGCCCUGGUUGUUAGUAGGCCGUCUCUAUGA